CGCCAACGAGCCGCUCUCGCCUGCCAUGGUUCAACUCUGCAGCGUCCACCGCAACCUUGUGGCCCGAUCUCCACAUACCCGACCGAUGACAAUCUACGAGACGCUCGGCCUCGACCCGUCCAAGAAGCCCUUCUACCCGGCCGACCUGUCGACGCUCAACGGCAACGCCAAAGCCAUAAACAGUCUGGUCUUGAACGCUUACGCCGAGCAUGGGACACCCCUGCUGCGGCGCCACAACACCUACCGCCGCGACGCCAAGUUCUCGCGCCGCGAUGACUACUGGGAGCUCCGGCGGCAGGGGAUCUCCCUGUUGCCCGACGAGGACGACAAUGAGUGGAACGACAUACUCGUGAAGGCAGCCUCGAUCAUUUCCACCCCCGAGCUGCGUGAGUUGUACGAUCGCGUCUUCAUGCCUGUGCUCUCGCAGUACACCGUGAUGCAGAGCGAGGAGGCCGUUUCGAAGAAGAAGCGGGUUAAGUUGGCAGAUCUGUGCCACUGGGAGGAGACGAAAACGAGGAAGCCUUGAGGUUUUGGGAUGUUGGGGACUGGGAUGUUGGAUACCAGAGGCUGAGGUGGCAAUGGG